UCCUCGCCUCGCCUCGCCUCGUGGGCUGUGGAGCUGACCAGAGCGUGGGCCCAGCCAGAGAUGGCUGAUUCUGAUCCUGGCGAAAGAAACUAUGAUAACGUGCUGAAAAUGCUGUCCGACCUGAAUAAGGACCUGGAAAAGCUAUUGGAAGAGAUGGAAAAAAUCUCAGUGCAGGCAACCUGGAUGGCCUAUGACAUGGUGGUCAUGCGUACCAACCCCACACUAGCAGAGUCCAUGCGCCGGCUGGAGGAUGCCUUCCUCAACUGCAAAGAGGAGAUGGAGAAGAACUGGCAAGAGCUACUCACCGAGACCAAGCGCAAGCAGUGAGCCCCCACCUGUCACCAGCCUGAGGGUCCUGAGCUAAGGGCCUGGGUCCAGAGGCCCAGAUGUGUAGCU